AUGUGUGUAGCUGAGGGCAUCUUACCCCAGGGACCCCUGAGUGGAGCCGUGGGAGGCAAAGUGGAGUUCACCACCACCCUCACACCCUCAGAGAAGCCGUUCCUCUCCGUCAGCUGGAGCUUCAAAGGGAUGAACAUCAUCACCUCCACCAGCGUCAACGUCACUGAGCCCGGACAUGCCAACAGGAUCUCGCUGGACCGAACCACGGGGUCCCUGGAGCUCAGGAACCUGGUGCUGGAGGACAACGGAGAGUACGCUGUCACCAUCAUACCAGACGGAGGGCUGCAGAAACAGGGGAAGAUCACACUGAACGUGUAUGUGCCGAUAACUGGAGCCACCAUCCGCAGCCCGGCCGCCAUCUUGAUCGAAGACAAAAGCUCCACCAACCUCAGCUGCGAGGCCUCCGGCUCCAUCGGCGCCAGAGACUGGAUGAAGGACGGCCGACCUCUCCAUCCAGGAGGCACAGUCAGCUUCUCCUUGGACAACAGGAUCGUCUUCUUACAGCCUGUCCACAGCUCCAACCACGGCACCUACCAGUGUCGAGUCAGCAACCCAGUCAGCGCCAUGACUGCGACCCAUAAUCUCACUGUGAACUUUGGACCUCAUAACAUAUCAAUUAUUGGGCCAUCAGCAGCAGCACCAGGCGGCAGAGUGAUGCUGCGGUGCACAGCGGACUCUGUCCCUCCAGCAAACUUCAGCUGGACGUUCAACGGCAAUGAGACUCACGUUAAUACCUCCUUGUAUGUUAUCGAGAGACUAGAUGAGGACAGCAUUGGGAAUUACACCUGCACUGCCAGUAACAUGAUGACCAUGUGGGAAAACUCCACAGCUCUGAAUCUGAGAGCGUCCUGCGCUGCUCCCUGCUGGUCGUUUUUAGUGCUGCUGAGCAGUGCGCUGACUCUGAGAGGGUUAAUGUAAGAAGAAGUGGCAGAUUCUUCCCGAGCCUCACUGAGGACCCUGAAUGUCAACCGGAAUGUGCAACACAUGAAGUGUUAUCUUGACACAAGAGGCCUUGAUGCAACAGGAUGUCAUACCUGAGACAAAAAGGAAACUCUCACACUGCUCAUCAAUCAUCUUUCUUUUUUGAAAUCUAUUUGAAAAUAAUCACACAGAAGACAUAGGUUAUACAAUUCCAUUACUAUUUAAAUAUUUAUGUGCAAAAGUUUAUUCUUCAUAUGAGCACUUGCCGGAUUUAUUAUUCUCAUUUAUUGUGUAUUAUUGUUGCACGUAUCCAGACAUAAGUGUGUAGUGUUUAUGUUUUUGUUGUUGUUGUUUGUGUGUUUGAUUUCUUUGCUAGCUUGAUACAUAGAUUUUAUUGGCGUUAAUCAUUGUUUUUGAUUGCAUUACAAAGCACCUUGCCACAUAGGUUAUAAAAGGUGAUUUAUCAAUAAAGUCUGUUCUUAUCAUUAUCAUUAUCAUAAAUCAACAUUUUUGCACGUUA